AUGCGAUGGGACGCUGAAGUGCGAUGGUCCACGCUGAAGUGCGAUAGUUCAUUCGCUGAGGUGCGAUGGUCCACGCUGAAGUGCGAUGGUUCAUUCGCUGAAGUGCGAUGGUCAUGUUGGAACAUUAUAUGUUAUUAUAAUAAAAAUCAUGAUAAAUAAAAUUUAGUAAGCAAAAAUGCAUAAAUGCAUUAAUUAAAACAAUAAUUAAAAUUUUCGUAAAUAAUUGUAAAUGCUAAAAUAAAGCUAUUCCUAAAAUAAUGCAAAAGUUCGCGUUAAUGUAAUUUAUAUAUUCGCGCGUUUUAAAACAAGUUACCAUGACGUUAAAUAUUAUGACGUUUUGAAAUACAACGUUUCGUAAACAAAACGGUAUGGAAUUGCAGGAAGGAAAAGAAGAUUUUGUUGACGAAGGCUUUAUUAUAACAAACGAACGGAAAAAAAAGGUUACAAACGAUCCAAGUCCGGAACAGUUUUGGGCAGUGCAGGAUGAAGUUUUUUCAAUAUGCAAGGCAAAAUAUACCAACAAAUCAUGGGGAGCAAAAAGAAUAAAGGAUGUACUAGGUCUUCAGAUGGGAGAAACUAGUAUAAGAAAAUAUGUGUCCAAUUUUUUAUACGACAAAGACUUGGACAGUAUAUUUUACAGGAGCACGACUGUUACUGAAUUCCACAGAAAAGUCUUGUCAAAAGGUGAACUUUUGGAAGAAAUUAAAAAAAAUCACAAAACUGAUCAUAGAAAAAGUGAUACGGUAUACGAAACUUUGAGGAAGUCUUUUUUCCCAGUAGUUCGGGAAAAUAUUCGUUUACUGUUUAAGCUGAACAUUAAAUGCCAACAGUGCCUAUCGGCAGUUGAUUUACCUAAAACUCAAAGAACAAGAAGGCCAAUUCCAGCAACCUAUCCUAAUAGUAGAUGGCAAAUGGACCUCAAGAAGAUACCUCCGUCACAUGGUUACAAUUACAUAUGCAAUAUUGUAGAUUGCUACAGCAGAUUUGCAUUCGGUGGGUCCAUUAAGCACAAAACAGCAAAAGAAGUUGCUACAGUGAUAUUGAAAUUUAUAUACAUUUUUGGACCACCUAGGAUUUUACAAACUGACAAUGGAAAGGAGUUUAAUAAUGAAGACUUAACAGAAGUUAUGGCAGAAUUUAAAACAAGAAAAAUUAACGGAAGGCCUUACCAUCCCCAAUCACAAGGUCGAGUUGAAAGGUUUAACAGAACAGUUGUCGCCUACUUCAGAACAGCUUUUGUUGAUAGUCGGGACUGGCCAAGUAUGCUAGACGAGUUUUACUAUAAGUACAAUAGCAGAGUAAAUAAAUCUACCAAACCUUUGACACCAUACCAGAGAUUUUAUAAAAGACCAAAUUUCUGUGUUGCGUUGGAAGAUCAGGUUCCAAUAUGCAAUUUGACAUCAGAAGAAAAAGCAUUUUUGGAUAGUGCACACCUGGAUGUAGAAGAUAAUGUUGAUACGGAAGAAUUAACAGUAGAAAAUACACAAAAACAGCUCGAUCUUCAGAAAGAAGCUGAACAGCAUGAAUUAGAUGGUGAAGUCAACAAAAAAACAUCACAGGAUACAGUAAACGAGGAACAUAGUUUUAGUGUUGACAGUUUAAAACAAACGAAUAUUUAUGCAAAAAUAGCCAUUUUAGUCAAGAAGUAA